UAAAUGUCACUUUUCUUGUUUGGUUGUAUUUCUGUAACUUUCAUCUCAAACACCAAACUGCCCUUUUCAUUAAAAAGCAACAUUCUUACAACAAAUUCCUCAAAUCUCCUAUAGCUUUCAAUCCAAAUCUUAUGACAAAAUCUUGAAACUAAACCUGAAAAUGUUGCAAAUCCCUAUAGAAAUGGUCAGUUUAUGUCUUCUACUACUCUGCUUUCUCAUUUCCCCCUCUAUACAGCUUGAUGGCUUUACCUACACAAGAUUCAAUCAACCAAACAACAACAUAACCUUAAGUGGAGUUGCAGAAGUAAGCCAAAAUGGAUUUAUUCAAUUAACCAAUGAAACAAGUAGACUUAUGGGUCAUGCUUUCUAUUCUUCACCAUUUCAGUUCAAGAACUCAACUACAGGCACUGCUUUUUCUUUUUCAACAUGUUUUGCUCUUUCUAUAGUGCCUGAAUAUCCAAAACUUGGUGGUCAUGGACUUGCUUUUACCAUUUCUCAAUCCAAUGAUUUAAGCACAGCUCUACCAAGUCAGUAUUUAGGUUUACUCAAUGCAACUGAUGUUGGUAAUUUCUCUAAUCAUAUAUUUGCUGUUGAAUUUGAUACAGUACAAGAUUUUGAGUUUGGAGAUAUUAAUGAUAACCAUGUUGGUGUCAACAUUAAUAGUUUAAGGUCUAAUAUGUCUGCUGCUGCUGCUUAUUUUGAUGAUGAUUUGGUAAAACAAGAUCUGAAUCUUAAAUGUGGGAAGGUAAUAUUAGCAUGGGUAGAAUAUGAUUCAGUUAAAAACUUGGUUAAUGUUACUCUUUCAAGAUCUUCUUUGAAGCCCAAGUUGCCACUUUUAUCUUAUCAUAUAGAUCUCUCUCCAUUUCUCAAAGAAAAUAUGUAUGUUGGUUUUUCUGCUUCAACUGGUUUGCUUGCUAGUUCUCAUUAUAUUUUUGGUUGGAGUUUUAAGUUGAAUGGUGAAGCCAAAUUUCUAGACUUGGAUUCACUGCCAUUAUUGCCUGGUCCCAAGAAGAAGCACACUGGCCUAAUUUUAGCUAUCUCAAUUAUAGCUGUUAUUUUUACUUUGAUUUCUAUCUUAGUUGGUAUUUAUUUGAUCAAGAAAUUCAAGAAUGCUGAUGUUAUAGAGUCUUGGGAGCUUGAGGUUGGUCCUCAUAGAUAUUCUUAUCAAGAACUCAAGCAAGCUACUAGAGGUUUUAAGGAUAGUGAGCUUCUUGGUUUUGGUGGAUUUGGUAAAGUUUACAAGGGUGUUUUACAAAAUUCGAAGAUGGAAAUCGCUGUGAAGCGUAUUUCGCAUGAAUCUAAACAGGGUUUGCGCGAAUUUGUGUCUGAAAUUUCUAGCAUUGGAAGACUUCGUCAUAGGAAUUUGGUGCAAUUAGUAGGAUGGUGCAGACGGCGUGGUGAUUUGUUACUUGUCUAUGAUUUUAUGCCUAAUGGGAGUUUAGACAACUUCUUGUUUGAUAAACCUAGAAUGGUAUUGUCUUGGGAGCAGAGGUUCAAGAUCAUCAAAGGGGUCGCUUCGGGUUUGCUAUACUUACAUGAAGGUUAUGAACAAGUUGUGGUGCAUCGAGACGUUAAGGCUAGUAAUGUGUUACUAGAUGGGGAGUUAAAUGCCAAGCUUGGAGAUUUUGGACUAGCAAGAUUAUACGAGCACGGAUCAAAUCCCUGCACGACUAGGGUAGUAGGCACAUUGGGGUACCUUGCACCAGAAUUGCCAAGAACAGGACGGGCUACAGAAAAAUCUGAUAUCUUUGCCUUUGGUGCAUUGUUGCUUGAGGUGGUGUGUGGGCGCAGGCCGAUUGAAUCAAAGGCAGGGCCUGAGGAGUUAGUCUUAGUGGAUAUGGUAUGGAACAAAAUGAGAGAAGGGAAAACUCUUGAUGUUAUCGACAAGAGAUUGAAAGGCGAGUUCAAUGAACCUGAAGUUGUGAUGGUACUGAAAUUGGGACUAAUGUGUUCAAACAAUGAAGCGUUGGCGCGGCCUAGCAUGAGACAAGUGAUGAGUUACUUGGAAGGUGAAAUUGAAAUGCCAGAUGCUCCAAUGGCUCCUGGUGUUUAUAAUGGAGGAUUUGGAUUCGACGAAAAUGAACUGCAUUCUUUAGCAUCUUCAAGGGGACACACAUAUUUGGCUAAUGGAGAUGUAGAUGGUACAUUUGUUUCUAUUUCUACUGCACCAAUGUCAUGUUUAUUUACUGAUGAAGUACCUAGGUAGUGAUUGUGAAGUUGUGUGCAGAAUUUUCUCUUUGUUUUUUCCAGGAAUAUCUCCUGAUGAA